UAUAAUUCAUCUCCACCUCUUACGUCUCUCUCCUGUUCUCGUUGUCAUAUCUCAAACCCCAACUCCGGAACGGCGGUAAUCACCUGCGGGCGGGGGGCAUGAAGUUCUGGAAGAUCCUGAGUAGUCUGAUCGAGGAGACCCUCCCGGAGUGGCGGGACAAGUUCUUGUCGUACAAGGACCUGAAGAAGCAGCUCAAGCUCAUCUACCCCAAGGACGAGGAUGCCCACCAGAACAAACGGCCCAGAUUGGAUACGGACUCAGACGGUCCCGAUUGCGCGCCGUCGAAGGAGGUCGUCGAUUUCGUCAGGCUAUUGGAGGUCGAGAUCGACAAGUUCAACGCCUUCUUUGAAGAUAAGGAGGAGUUGUACGUCAUUCGACUGAAGGAACUGCAAGAUAAGAUAGCAAAGGCCAAGGAUUCAGAUGAAGAUUCGAUGGAAAUAUGGAGAACAUUAGUGGAUUUUCAUGGCGAGAUGGUUUUCUUAGAGAAUUACAGUGCACUUAACUACACAGGGCUGGUAAAGAUACUGAAGAAAUAUGAGAAGCGAAGCGGUUCUCUCAUUCGCUUGCCUUUUAUCCAGAAGGUCCUGCAACAACCAUUCUACACAACUGAUGUACUUAACAAGCUUGUGAAGGAGUGUGAGGGCAUGCUUGAUCAUCUUUUCUCGAAGAAUGACCCAUCAAGCCCGCCUGAAGCAACCAAUAAGGAAGAAGGGAGUGGCUCCAAGGUGGUGGCUGAAGGUAAACAGACACAACUCAAGGUUCCCAAAGAACUUGCAGAAAUCAAGCAUAUGGAGAGCAUGUACAUGAAGCUAACGGCGUCGGCAUUGCGCGUCUUGAAGGAGGUCAGGAGUGGAAGCUCAACGGUGAGCGUGUUUUCAUUGCCCCCUAUGCAAAAUAAUUCUAUGGAGUGGAAAAGUAUACCUUUAGUAGAACAAGCAGCCAAAUAGUUCUGGAGUAGUAUCCUCUCUCCUCUUUCCCUUAUACGUGUACUUCUAAUUUGUGAGAAUGCGGUUUUAUGUAAUAACCACGCUCUUGAUGGGUACUUUGGAUAAUCCAUUUCCCCAAUCUGUAGAAAAUUUCAGAUCUUGGAUGUGCUUUUAAUCUUUUCUAAUAUGAUGCUAAUCCAACCUUAAGACUA